AUGGAAGCUACCAAAGUCGAGUUUGCCGCUUUGAGCAAGCAGGAUCCUCCAAACACUGCCUGGACUCUGUUUCCUAAAAAUGGUCUUGGAACUCUCAACUUGCAGACUCCGGAACUCACUGCACAAGCUGCCAAGCUGGUUAAAACUGGUCGUCAAUUCCCAUUAAACUGGAAGCUUGAACUUCCAUUCCCACCACUGUUCCAUCGUGCUGAAAUGAGACACGAGAUUGUCCACACUGUGGAAACACCCUCGUGGGAUUCACCCGGACAUUUUGGUGGUAUGCAUGGCUGCCAUUUCGAAGGACUGAAACCCGCAGACGUACCAACUGACUUGGGUGUUGCGCGAAUGGCCCGUAAAGGAAUUUCUGGGCGUGCUGUCUUGAUCGACUACCGAAGAUGGGCAUUGAAGAACGGAAUUACAUACUCUCCUGGAUCAAGACACGAAAUCACCGUCGAGAACAUUAAAGCCGUAGCAAAAGACCAAAAGGUUGAAUUCAAGACCGGUGAUAUCCUCCUUCUGAGAUCUGGGUGGACUGAAUGGUAUGAAUCUCUCACUACCGAUGAGAGAGUAAAACUUGCUAGUGAUCCUACCGGACAUGAGAUAUGCGGAGUCAAAAACAAUAACGAUACUCUUGAAUUCUUAUGGAACAACCACUUCUCAGCAGUCGCUGGUGACACUGUCGCGUUUGAAGCUGUGGGCCCGGACGUCCCCUCAGAUUCAUCUCCAUGGUUGAUUCAUUUGACGAUUCUCUCCGGAUGGGGCUGCCCUAUAGGAGAAAUGUGGUAUUUGGAUGAACUCGCUGCUUACUGCGCGGAAACUGGUGUCUAUGAAAUGUUUAUCACCAGUGCUCCUCUGAAUAAGGAACACGGCAUUGCUUCACCACCAAAUGCCUUGGCCAUUCUUUAA